AAAGAAAAAGAAAAUGGAGACCCUGGGCAAGUCCUUUGAGUAGAUCCUGCCAGGGUCAGGGGUAAAUGAAAUAAAACAAACGGUGAUGCCCCGCCAAGGGGUCCCAGGGGCAAGAAAGAGUUGGCUUGUGCGAAGACACGCUUUCUGCUGGAACACACACCGGCCGAUCGCUGAGUCACGUGGUGGGAGGGGGCUCUCUCUCCUCUCAGCUCCACAGCCCCUGCUGUGAUGUCACAAAUCUAUUCUUUCCUGGGAGAAUUAAUUAGCAUUCAUCGGGUGCAGCUGGCGAGGAGGAAGGAGGGAGCCGGAGCGCACGCGUAGGCCGGCCAGAGGCGCAGCCCUGUCGGUCGGGGCGCGGCACGUCGCCCCCCACGCCACCCCGGCCCUGGGAGCCGCAUCGGGACUCGGCAGCGGCGGGCAGGCGGUGGCGGUUUUAUAACCGGAUUCUCCGUGACGUACGGCUGCCGGCUCCUUGGCAGCUAUCUUUCUGGACCAGUAGGCAGAGGGGGAUUGACGCCGACGAGACUUUUGCAUCUUGGAAGGGACUGUAAUCUUCUGUAGUGAAGAACAGAAGCUCUCAAUCACGCGGGUGUAAAUAAGAGCCGGAGGGGAGCCCAAAAGAAAAGGAAGAGGAGGGGGAGAAGUGUGUAUUGGGGGGAGCGGGCAAAGCAUUUUUGGUGGAUGGUAUGAAGCCAGCCAUGGAAACUGCAGCCGAGGAAAAUACUGAACAAAGCCAAGAGAGAAAAGUGAACAGCAGAGCUGAAAUGGAAAUUGGCAGGUACCACUGGAUGUACCCAGGCUCAAAGAACCACCAGUACCGUCCCGUGCCAACCCUGGGGGACAGGGCUAGCCUCUUGAGCAGUCCAGGCUGCUUCGAAUGCUGCAUCAAGUGUCUGGGCGGAGUCCCCUACGCCUCCCUGGUGGCCACCAUCCUCUGCUUCUCCGGCGUCGCCUUGUUCUGCGGCUGUGGGCACGUGGCUCUCGCGGGCACCGUGGCGAUCCUCGAGCAACACUUCUCCACCAACACCAGUGACCACGCCCUGCUGAGCGAGGUAAUACAACUGAUGCAGUAUGUCAUCUAUGGAAUUGCGUCCUUUUUCUUCUUGUACGGGAUCAUUCUGUUGGCAGAAGGCUUCUACACCACGAGCGCAGUGAAAGAGCUGCACGGGGAGUUUAAAACAACCGCCUGCGGCCGGUGCAUCAGUGGGAUGUUCGUCUUCCUCACCUAUGUGCUGGGAGUGGCCUGGCUGGGCGUGUUUGGUUUCUCUGCGGUGCCCGUGUUUAUGUUCUACAACAUAUGGUCAACCUGUGAAGUCAUCAAGUCCCCCCAGACCAACGGGACAGCCGGGGUGGAGCAGAUCUGCGUGGACAUCCGGCAGUACGGUAUCAUCCCUUGGAAUGCCUUCCCAGGAAGAAUGUGUGGCUCGGCCCUGGAGAACAUCUGCAACACCAGUGAGUUCUACAUGUCCUACCACCUGUUCAUCGUGGCCUGUGCCGGAGCUGGCGCCACCGUCAUUGCCUUGAUCCACUUCCUCAUGAUACUGUCUUCUAACUGGGCUUACUUAAAGGAUGCAAGCAAAAUGCAGGCUUACCAGGAUAUCAAAGCAAAGGAAGAACAGGAACUGCAAGAUAUCCAGUCUCGGUCAAAAGAACAACCCAAUUCUUACACAUAAAUGUUUGCCAGAGGCUCUCGGCCGAUGAAUUUACAGCUCUGACAAAUCAUCAGACAGCUGCUCUGCAGUACAGAUGUGUACCCCACCAAACAAAACUCAUGUAGAAGUCCAAACAAAAACACUUCACUGUCUGUCUCAAGCUGCUGGGAUGUAUUUCUAGGAAAACCUUCCAGUAGGUAAAUCCUUUUCUUUAGAACAGACAUUGGAGGUUUUUGCAUGGGAGCCAUUUUAAAAGGCAACACUUUGACAAAAUGAGUGUUCAUCCGUUUGAAAAUCUGUGGCAUGUUCACAAUCCUACCAAGCCAGACAGGGGUAUGAUGUAUGCUCGCAGCCUAUCUUAUCUAUCUUGAUAGGGACCAUGCCAUACCAGCAGCAGGGGGUGUGACCACAGAUUCACUUAGGCCAUCCGUUCUCAGAUCAGUGUAUCUAAAAUAGGAGGUAAAGUGGAAUUGACGUGAAGUUCCAUUUCUGACAGACCGCUGACAUUUAUGAAGCUGGGGCUCAAAGAUAAAGUGAUUCUUAGAAUUGACCUUUUUUAAAAAAAAAAAAAUAGCUGACCUCCCCGCCUGCAGGACAUAUUAAUUUCCUGCUCCAAUCAGAAAUCUUUUUUUCCCAAGAAUGUUCAAAUGAGCCCAUUAUAAUAAUUCUGCUACACUGACCGUGGAAGAAGCUGGAUUCCAACUGACAAACUUUCCAGAAUCAAUUUUAUAAAUCGAUUUCAUUUUAAUACAGUGACCCAGUUGUCGUCAUUCUUCUUGAGAAAUGUCAGCUCUGCCUUAAUCAGUAUUUAUUUGCUUUAAAUUUCUAAGAGCUUACACCAGGCAACCCCAAAUCCUUCAUAGAAUUUUGUUCCACAAAUGUUUUUCUUAAUGGAGAAGUGUUACCUUAUUAAAAUGACCACCACUCAAAACCGUUUUUACAUGGUCUGAAUAGUGAGUUUACAGUUUCAUACCAACUAUCUAAAACCGAAUUACCAACAGACCGCAGACCUCCUACUGUUAUGGACUUGAAUACUGAAGUAAUUUCAAUUAGGGUUGGUAUUUAUGUCACUUUUUC